AUGAAUUGUGGGAAUUACUCCACAAUUCAAGAGGCAAUUAAUAAUGUGCCUGAUUUUAGUGUAGAGCACACUCUAGUCAUAGUUGGCUCUGGAAUCUACAGGUUAUAUGGUGAAAGCUAUCUUAAUACAAUUAUUGAAUGGGGUGAUUUUGGAAAUCUGACCGGAACCUUUGACAGUUACACUUUUGGUGUCUUUGCCACAGAAUUCAUUGCCUACAAUAUCAGUUUUAAGAACACUUUUCCUCCUCCGUCACAAGGAGUGAAAGGAGCACAGGCAGUUGCAUUGAGAGUUAAUGGAGACAAAGCAGCAUUUUAUGGAUGUGGAUUUUAUGGUGCACAAGACACUCUCCACGAUGACCUAGGAAGACAUUACUACAAAGGAUGUUUUAUUCAAGGAUCCAUUGACUUCAUAUUUGGAAAUGCUAGGUCACUUUAUGAGGAUUGUAUCUUAAGCUCUAUAGCAAAACCCGAGUGGGUUGGAGACGGAGGAUGUAUUACAGCCCAGGGACAAGAAUUGUUGGCAGAUAAUUCUGGAUUUUCAUUUCUCAAUUGCUACAUCAAUGUUACUGGAAAACUAUUGCUUGGAAGACCUUGGAGAAAAUAUGCCAAAGUCAUUUUCUCAACUACAUUCAUGUCUGAUGUUGUAAGUCCUAUUGGAUGGAAUGACAAGCUUAAGGAUGACUCAGUAAACCAGACUAUUUUUUUUGGAGAGUACAACUGUAAGGGUCCUGGAGCUAUAAGAACAUCUCCUCCAAGAGCCCCUUUUGGAAAGCAACUCAAGGAUGAUGAAGCUGCUCCUUACAUCUCUAUUUCAUAUAUUGAUGGAAAUGAAUGGCUUCAUCAAGUUUAG